UGUCCCAUCUUUCCCCACCCUACUGUAUAACUUAAAUCCGGUAUGUUUUAAUAAUUUUAUCUCUAAUUUAAGAUAUAUUAAUCUCACGGCUAUUUAAUUUGAUACAGCGAGCAUUCAAAAUGAGCAUCUUAUUAUAAAGCUUUUUUAGCGAACAAAAAACUGCUGGGUUUGUUUAACACCGAGCUUAGAUAUAUAAAAACAGCAAUCGCCUUUGUCGCGCACUUUAUAGUUGGACUGUGUGAAUGCUGUCAAAUAAUGUGGUAAAACUUGUUUUUGUCUAUGAUCAAAUGGGCAUACCGUAAAACGAGAUUUGAAAAAGUAGCCCUUCAUACCCCAUGUCCCAACUUACUAUACAUCAGUUAUUUUAUAAAGAUUUUUAAGUCAUUGUACCGAUUUUUUACGUCAUUAACUUUAAUGACGUCGAUGUUUAGUACCAAUAAUGGCGAUGGCGCAAUUUCCGGUUGAGAAAUGUGUCAAAAAUUUGAAUUGCUCCAGCGGUAUGUGCUGCGUUGGGUGUGGGGGAUAUUGCUGUAGCUUCAACAACUGGAUUAAAUGUGGGAAAAUAAAUGAAGUUGAAAAGCCAAGUUCCACAAAAUUGGCGAUCAUUCUAUCAUCGAUUCUUGUUCUGAUGGUCCUCGUGUUGUUGUUGCAAUCUUUGCUCAGGCGAAGGAUGCGCCGCCGUGCGGCCGACACGGAUGUGAACUUUCAACCCCGGGUAUCUGGUUUCGUCAAUAAUGAACUACCGGAAGUGACGUCACCACCCCAUUAUGACGACAUACACCUUUAUAAAGAGUUGGGUGCAGAUAACAAACAAGCGAUCUAUUAUUGCGUUCCUGGAAUAAAGGGCUACUUUGGUGUUGUGAGCGACCCUCCACCCCCCUACAAAGUAUAAACAAUCGUUGGAGAAAUUUGUUGUAAUAUCCAGAUGUCAAACAUAGGUGAAAAGUUACGUCACAAAUCUAUUUAUUCUUGAGCUUUAUUUUUUGCUUGUGACGUAACAAACCCCGCUGCGCUGUUUACGCUCGAAAACACUGAAUGUUUGAUUGUUUACGUCACAAUCGGCAUACCAAGCAGAACUGUUGAAUCAAGUGAACGUGGAA